AUGGAAAUUGUUCUAAAAGCCCCACAGCAAAUAAAAUUUGGGCCAUGGUCUUCGAGUGAAGAUGAUGCACUCUUACAAGCAAUACAAGAGUAUGGUAUUAAAGACUGGAAGAAAGUAGAAAAGAACAUAAAAGGACGCAAUCGUAAACAGUGUCGAGAACGGUACUUUAACUCUUUGAUGUUUAAGAAUCAAAGUAAGAGACCAUGGACAAUUGAAGAAGAUCAAACUAUAAUGAAAACCAGAAAAGAAGUUGGUAAUAAAUGGACGUUUAUCAGUAAGUGUCUUCAAGGGCGGAGUGCUAAUGAUGUGAAAAACAGGUACUUUGGAACCCUCAAAAGAUUUGAAUCAAGAAGUACGAGAAUGUUAUCUGAAGAAUCCAAAAAUCGUUUAGGGGUCUUUUGUCCAGUGGAUAUCACCCUUUAUUCUGUAAUUUAUUAA